GUAUUCCUGAGUAUUCAAUUUCGACUGAUGAAACAACAUGGCAAGACGCAAAAGCCGGAUGUGAAUCACAAUGUGGAAAACUUGCAGAGAUCUGCUCUCAAGCGGAACAGGAUGCAGUAAAAGAUUUCCUACAAGAAGGAGACGGUCGUUAUUGGGUUGGUGUUAGCGAUGUAGUCGGUGACAAUAAACACUAUGAGUAUACUAGUGGUGGAUCAGUGAUUUACACAGACUGGAUGGAAAAUGAGCCAAACAAUGUUGGGGGUACUGCUGAGGAUUGUGUAGAAAUAAU